AAUAUUUACCAUAAUACCGAAGUUUGUAAAGCACCUCAGCUGAGCAAUAUCUUCACGUCAAUCACUCAGACUUGACUCAGAUCGGAGGUAACAGUUCAAAGUCGAAGCAAACAAACUCUUCCGAUCUCCUACCUACAUUACACACUUUCGCCUUCUGCGACCCUCGUCCACUCCAUCAAACAAAGUCCACCUCUGGAGUUUGAAAGUUUGUCCACGUGCUGGCACCGCCUCCUUGACAAUACUGCACGAUUCUUCACAAGUGGUGUCUACGUCACGGGAUUCUUAGUGUCUGUGGCUCUUCAGUGGACGGACUCGAAAUUCCUCUCCAAGAUUCUCCACAUACACCACAUACCGCAUCGUUAUGCCGAUAGCUUCCGAUACACUAUUUCAUCUUCCAAGUUACUCCUCUAGCACUGCGCAGAAGGGAACACCCAUACCUGAUCGCUUAGAUUACAGUUCAGACGACGGACUAGACGUGGACAUAUUCAACCAGGACAUGGCAGGCUCAACGUCGCCUUUCAUCAAAGACGAACCAUUCGAAAUGAGUUUUAACUCGCGCUUCGCCUCGAACAACGGCUUCGACAUGGAGCACCAAUACAGCGGCCAGCAAUUCGGCCAAUCUCCAAACAGUGGGAGUGUAAACCCCUCUGAACUUCAAAUGAGCGGAAGCGGCAUGAACAACUUUAGUUCUCACAUGUCUUCCAGCUACAUCAUGGGCCAGGCAAAUAUUGGCGAUGAUGAGUUGCUCGAUCUAGGCAACCUAGACGAUCCCAACCCCCACUUCUCCAACUUCAACGAGCAACAGCGCAACCAACAUUUCAUACCCAACAACGGCGGUCCCGUUAGUAUGACUUACUCUCACACCCCCGAGGGUGCUCCUAUUCAAAGUCCAUUCGCUAGUGGGAGCUUCAACUACGGACACUUUCAGUCCUCACAAAGACCAGGACAUCAUCUUGGCGUCGCUACACAGGGUGCCAACAUGAACAACACUGCCUUUGCUCGACCAAGAAUGCCAUCAAACCUAGAUCGCAAGCCUUCAGAUUCACGAAGCCCCAUGACACCAAGCAAAGGCUUCGGUGAGCUACACAUUGGCACUCCAGGAUCUAGUAGUGUUAGCUCUCACGCUCAUCCUUUCAUGGGUCAUCGCCCAACGCAUCAGCGGGCACAAUCUCAGGUCGAACAUGUCACUCCAGGCAGUGCUGGUUCCUACCUUGACUCUCCCUUGCAAUCGCCAUACGGGGUAUCGAUGGGUCACCCACAACCACUGCAGGAGGUCAUGUCUGGUAAACACUCAAGCCUUCCCAACAAAGUUGAAGGCAAUUCAGCAUACCAGUCUCAGGAAGCUAAACGGAAGAAGAGACGUGAAUCUCACAAUGCUGUUGAGCGUCGCAGGCGUGAUAAUAUCAAUGAGCGGAUCCACGACUUAUCUCGUCUGGUACCGACACAUCGACUCGAGGAUGAGAAGGUCCGCAAGCACAUCCACAACAACGGACCUUUGUCACCAACUAUAGCCGCCAGUGGCAUAUCCCCGCCUCAUGCCACAUCAUUGCUGGCAGGUGGCACUGGAAGGCGCGCAGCUGGCAACAUAACCACAGGUUUGCCUCUCGAGGACAAAGACAAAGGCCCUAACAAAGGCGAUAUUCUAAACGGAGCUGUGAGCUGGACACGCGAUCUCAUGUGGAUGCUCAACGAGAAGGUCCGCCGAGAGGAGGAGUUGAAAGUCCUCAUUGAGAAGCUCGGCGGCACUUGGCCCUACCAGUACAACGAAGAAGAACAACGCAUGCGCAGUGAGCUCAUCAAAGCUGUAGACGUCAACGGGACCGAAUCCUUCACAUACAGUCGUGGACACGGAAGUGGACUUCGCGUUCCCGGCCACACCAACGUGGCUGGAGAGCCUCUUGACGGGUCACCCAAUGCUCUCAGCCCUGGCUUCCAAAGUGGUGGCAGUGGUUCCAACUCUGGCCAACCACAAUACUGGCCUGACGACAACAACCGUGGCUCCUUCAGUCUGAAAGAAGAGGACGAGUUUGGAACCAUGGAGCUAUCCUAAACACCAACAGAAUGCACGUCUUCCGUUUCCGUCAUGUUUUGUGAUACCCAUCUGCUCCAGCAUUUUCGCACUCUCCAUACUCGUUCGGUCAUGCAUGACAUGAUCGUAACACUUACCGCAUGAUGUCCCCGAGCCUCAACACCCGAUCAAAGUUCAAAAUGAAUAUGAUGGGUGUUGACUCGGGGUCGUUACUUCUUUCGAUAUUGCCGAUCAUCAGACGAAAUCUAUCACACGUUGUCGGAGUCUCGAAUCAUUUACUUUGGCGGAGUUCCUCUACUUUGAUAUACUGCUGCGUCUGGUGGCGUUUGAAGGGGCACAUCAUCUUUCUUUGACUUUUCUUUUUU